AUGAUUUAAGAAGUCUAAAUAGAAUGUUUAAGAUGUGAAAAUUGGAGAGGGGAUUUGAAAAAUUUCAAGAAUCAUGUAUCAAAUUAAUGUUAAUUUGUUACUAAAUUUAUUGAUUUUCAGGAAGAAGUUAUAGAAAUAGAAGAUGAUAAAUCAUAAUAAUCUCAUUCAAUUAAUAUUGAGUUGGAAUCAUUGUAAUAAUAUUCCCAAAACAAAAUUUAACAGGAUAAUGAUUUGGAAGAUUAAAUAAUAAUAACCAAUAAAGUUAACGAUAUAAUUUAUUAAAUUUCAUAUAAAAUUUGA